AUAACAAAAGGCAAGUUCCAAUCAGAAUUGGAAAACCAGAAGAGGAAUCAUCUUCUUCAACCACAACUUGUUCUUUUACUGAUUUGACUUUUUUCAAGCGGGUAGUGCUACUGCUACUAAAUUCUCUUAUAGGUUCCCAUUCAGGGAAUUGGCGGGAGCCAUUAGUGUUGUUAGGGACAUUGCUGCUUCUAGUGCUUAAGUUAUAGCGUGAAAAUUUGGUGCUUUUGGUAUUAUAUGAGGUCGGGCGCAUUGAUUCCUUCACGGAAGGAGAAGAAGAAGAAGAGAAGAAGAAGAUUUCCGAAUUCGAUGUCUACUCCCCAUGGCCUCUUUAACCUCCUCAAACUAAAUUACUAAGGAUUAUGGGUCAAUGAUAUCUGGAGAUUCAGCGAAAGUAGGGGGUGACCGGCGAUUUUCAGCUCCGAAGACAUUGGGAAUUCGAGCUUUGGAGGAUCAGAACCAAACGACGCUGUUUAAAACUUGGUCGUCCAAGCGUUUUUCCCUCGUAAAUUUGUCGAACGACAUAACGGCCAAACUAUCCGUCAUUUGGUCCUUGUCAACUGUAUACUAGCGCGCCUAUGGACCCUGUCGCUUGAAGCGGCCCCACCUGUUUUUUAGUUUUUCCAGAACCCUAACUAAACCCUUCUCUGUCAAAAACACUCUCCUCUUCUCUAUCUGUGUUUCCAGAUUCUAAAGGAACUUUCCUGUCUAAAUGGCCAAUAAAUUGGUCAGAAACCUAUUUUUUCAUAUACAAAAGCGUUUUCUAAAUGCAUCUGCAACUGGAAAACUCUCUCCUAGAUCUCCGUUACCCACUACCUCAAAUUCUUCAUCAUCAACAUUUACCGUUCAAUUCCUUGUGAAAUCAUGUGGGCUUCCCUUAAAAUCAGCACGUUCAGUCUCACGAACCUUACAGCUCGACGAAAAGAACCAACAGAGGUAUCAAUCUGUAAUGGAACUCUUGAAAUCUCACAAUUUCAGCGGUACCCAGGUGGCCAAAUUGAUCGUAAAGAAACCUGCAAUCCUCCAAUGCAGAGUAGAGAACAACCUUUUUCCCAAAUUCAAUUAUCUCAAAGAAAAUGGUUUUGCGGGCGAGCUUCUACCUGAGCUUUUCUUGUCGAAUCCGGUAAUUAUACAACGAGCUUUAAAUUCUCAUAUCAAACCAACUUUUGAUUUCUUGAGGUCUGUACUUGAUAGUGAUGACAAAGUUGUAGCGGCUAUUAGGCGUUCUUCAUGGUUGUUGACUUCUGAUUUGAAGGGAAGAAUGCAACCAAACAUUGAUCUCUUAGUAAAAGUGGGAGUACCUGCUCAUAGCAUAGAAAAGAUUGUUAUUUUGCAGCCUAGAGUUAUCAGUCAAAACCAUGAUAGGAUGGUCCAUGCAGUGCAUGCUGUUAAUAAUCUGGGCAUUCAACCAACUGCUCGUAGGUUUGUACAUGCUGUUAGGGUGAUGAUGUCAAUGAGUGACUUCACUUGGAAGAAGAAAUUUGAGCUGUUAAAGAAUGUGGGGUGGAGUGAAGAAGAGAUUUUCUCUGCGUUUAAGAAAAAGCCACACUUUUUGGCUUCUUCAGAGGAGAAAUUCAAGAAUGCUAUGGAUUUUUACUUGAAUACUAUGAAGUUGCAACCCCAAACUUUAAUUGCAUCUCCCAUUUUUCUUAUGCAUUCAGUUGAUAAAAGGCUUCGCCCGAGGUAUAAUGUUUUACAGGCUUUGGAAUCAAAGAAACUGAUUGAAGGACGCAAGAAGAUUGAGUGGUUGCUAUUAAUAAGUGAGAAGAAUUUUCAGAAGAAUUUUGUUAGCAAGUAUGCAGCUGAAGUCCCAGGUUUAUUGGAGAUGUAUCUUGGUACCCGCAAUGCCACAAAGAGAGAUACUUGUUAGCAAAGAAGUAAAGUUUGUAUCUGCAAUAAUGCAAAAUACAUCAGUAGUUACUUUCCUUUUUUCUUGGUGAAUUAGAGCCAGAUGUUUGCUUGUUCCAAUAUUUAUUGGUGCAAUUACCUGGAUGUUGCCUCAUAGGCUCAUACCAUUUUGGAUAUUGGUGCUUCAUGAUACUUUUUUUCUUCGGUCACUUUCUGAGUUCUUAAACUUACAAGAUUUAUGUGGGUGACAACUUGACCAUCUGAACUUCUCAAAGUUCUUGAAUUUUGAUGUUAGAGAAUCUUGGUUCCUUUUUUGAGGUGCUUUUACAGUGAAUUUGUUUUGUUUCUAUUA